AUGUAUGCAAGAUACAUCCCUCCGUCUGGAGGCCAGAAACCUCUGCGCAAUAACGAGGGUUCUUCGGCUACGAAACAGUCGCCUGCACCAUCAGCUGCCACGACUACAAAUCCGGACGGACUUUCCUACUCUCGCUAUAUUCCGGGCGCCAAAACUACACAGCAAGAUGCGUUGCCGAUAAUUCAGCGGUUUGAUGAUGAGUCGAAUUCUACAACGCCGAAGAGAAAACGAGACGAAGAGGAGCAACUGCCCGUAUCCGAAAAUAAAAAGUCAAAGAAACCAAAGAAAGAGAAACAAAACAGUGACUCAGAAGAUAUCGAAAGCACCUCCAAGGGACAGAGAGUGAAGCAGUUGAAGAAAGAAGAGAAGAAGAAGAAGAAGGACAACAAGAAAAGAGGUGCAUCAGACGAUGAAGACGACGAGCCCACCUCCAAUGAAUCAACAUCUCACCAACAAGAAGCCGAUGUCGACGGCGAAGACAAUAGCGCCUAUGACGAAGACGCCGAUAUGGUAGAUGAGGGCCUUGAAGCCGAAAGCGACCCGGAAUCCUCUGAGCCCGCUGAGAAGCAGAAGAAGCCGCCCAAAAGAGAGAAGAAGAAGAAAUCACAAGACGCUGAUACGGAAGAGGCUCAAGAAGAGGAGGAGGAUAAGCGACACAAAGCCGUUUUUGAGCGAAAGGCCAAAUCUCUCAAGUACUCAGAUAUGAUCAAAGAGCAAGGCAUCGUAGAAGAGCCGGAAGAGCCUGCCGAGCUCCACGGCUUAGAGCCUCUCCCACAGCCCGAACCCGCCGCACCAAGCACAGCCAAACCAACGUACGAGACACUCCCGCCGUGGCUUGCAGCGCCAAUCCGCGUCUCGCAAGACGCGCGAACACCUUUCGCGGAUCUCGGGGUCCUUCCCAAAGCAGCUCGGUUUCUGGAACAGAAAGGCUAUACAGAGGCUUUUGCCGUCCAGACAGCGGCCCUGCCGUUAUUGCUCCCGACAAAUAAACAACAACCGGGCGAUCUCCUCGUUUCAGCGGCGACUGGUUCUGGAAAAACUCUGGCCUAUGCUUUGCCCAUUGUAAGAGAUCUGAGUAACAGUGUCGUCACAAGACUGCGCUGCCUUGUUGUCCUGCCCACUCGUGAACUCGUCAAGCAGGCACAGGAAGUAUUCGAGCUCUGCGCAAAGGCAUACGAGGGAGAGGACAGGAAAAGAGUACGCAUUGGCAUCGCGAUUGGCAACCAGUCCUUGGCUUCGGAACAAGAUAUUCUCGUGACCAAGGAGACGCGAUACGACCCAGAGGCCUAUAAGCAGCUCGAAGAAGAGGCAUCGUCAUCAAAAAGUGCCAGCGAAGAGGACCUAGACGAGCUUCUCACCAGCUCUGACACACGGCGCACCAACCCUCGCAUCGGCCCUUGGCAAGGUCAAGUCAUUGAUUUCCAUUCCAAGGUCGACAUCCUCAUCUGCACGCCCGGCCGCCUCGUCGAGCACAUUGACCAAACACCGGGUUUCACGCUCUCCUAUAUCCGCUGGCUCGUCGUUGACGAGGCCGAUAAGCUUCUCGCACAAAGCUUCCAGGGUUGGCUCGACGUUGUUCUGGAGAAAUUCAAGGUCAGCCACUACGGCGCCAGAGAUUUUCCCGACAUGCCUUACUCGGGCGUCCGCAAGAUUCUUCUCAGUGCCACUUUGACUAGGGAUUUGAGUCUGCUGAAUCAGCUCGCGUUGAAGAGGCCGAAGCUGAUUGUCCUGGAAAGCGGCAGUGACGUACAAGUUGCAGAGCACUCUUUGCCGGAAUUGCUGAGAGAGUACGCCGUGAGAGUGCAUGAUGCGAAUCUCAAGCCGUUGUAUCUCCUCGAUCUUCUACGGAGCCGACAUAUGGCUAUUGACAAUGAUGCGACCAAGUUAGACAAGGCUGCUACAGAGAAACAAUCAGGCUCGGCUUCAGAGACGAGCUCUGACGGUUCAAGCUCUAGUUCCGACUCUGAUUCAGACUCCGACGAUUCGGACACUACUUCAGAUUCUGACACUAGCUCAGAUUCGGAUUCAGACUCAGACGCAAAUUCAAGUACAAAAGAAAAGAAGCCACAUCCUUCGCUACCCAACUCGCAAAUACCCAGAGCUCUCAUAUUUACAAAAUCCAACGAAGCCGCGCUGCGAUUAUCACGACUGCUCACCAUCCUCGACAAGUCCCUCGCCACACAAAUCAGCACCCUCACAUCCACCACACCCACCAGCAUCCGCCGCAAGACCCUGCGAGCAUUCACUACCCCUUCUUCGCCGCUGCGCCUCAUCAUCGCAUCCGAUCUUGUCGCACGUGGUAUUGAUAUCCCCAAGCUGCCACAUGUCGUCAACUACGACCUUCCCCCCAGCGUGGCCGGCUAUGUUCAUCGUGUAGGCCGAACUGCUCGAGCAGGCAGAUCUGGAUGUGCCUGGACGCUUGUGGGAGACGGAGAGAGCGGUUGGUUCUGGGGCAAGAUUGGUAAAGGCGCCGGCGUGAAGAGAGCGCAGAAGGUGGACCGAGUAAUGAUAGAGGAGAUGAACGACGAUAGAAUAGAAGAGUAUGAGAGUGCGCUGGAGAAGCUAGGCAAGGAGGCGCUCGAGUCGCGGAAGAGAUAG